AUGCCCAAGAUCAAGAGCUUCGCGCCGAGCUGGCUUAACGAGCCUUCUCCGGGGCACAAGUUGUUUGCACAGUCGAGCGACGAUGCACGGACUUCAGCUAGCUUGCAGUACGGCAAGAAGCCGAAGCCAGGGCCGCGACGGACCAUAGCGCGCAGGGGAACCGAAGUCUUCGUGGCGGUCGGCAAGCAAAUUCGAUGGGGCGACCUGGCGUAUUUGAAGGAGUCGUGGGAGACGAGACACGCGCGUUCCAGUUCCGGAUCCCGUAUCAAGAAAGAGAGUUCAGACGAUCUAUUCGGAUACGACGACGAAAAUGCUGGUAACGAAACGGAUGGCUACCGCAUCAUCAAGACACCCGUUGCCGAUGAUAUUCGCCAGCUGGUCAUGUCGCCGAAUCAGGAUCUUCUGGCAGUCCUGACGUCUCAUACCGUCCAUAUCUGCAUCCUGCCCGAUUCUUCCCAUCUGUAUGCAAGGGACGCAACGCCCUUCAAGCCCAAGUUCUGGACGCUGGGCCCUACAACUCACGUUACUUCGCGCUCAGCAGUUGUUUCGGUACUGUGGCAUCCGCUUGGCGUUAAUGGGACAGCGCUUGUUACCGUCACAGAAGAUGCCGUGGUUCGCGUUUGGGAAUUGUCUACAGCUGACCGCUGGACCUUUGAUGCAGCUACCCUCGCCAUCGACUUGAAGAGGCUGGCAGAUGGGACGUAUCUGGAUCAGGACUUUAGCACCUCCGUGUCGGCCACGAACAAGGGCUUCUCGCCCGAUGCCUUCGACAUGGAAGUGGCGGCCGCAUGCUUCCCUGCUAGGAGCUCCGGAGGCUGGUCGCCAAUGACAUUGUGGGUCGCCAUGACCGGGGGCGACGUGUACGCCCUAUGUCCGCUCCUGCCUCAGCGUUGGGCACCUCCUCCCACCCUCAUCCCGUCCUUGUCGGUCUCCAUCGUGGCCAGAGUUGCAGCCACGGAGGAUGACCCCGAAGCUUCCGCCGAAGCCCGGCUUCUGGCCCAACAACAGCUGGAUUGGAUGUCAGAUCUGGAUAAUCAGGAGCCGAAAGUUAUGGAAAGCGCGCUUAGAGAGACCACAACGGAGAUCUACACUCGACCGGCGCGACCUGGCGCGAUCCCGAAGCUCCAAGGUCCAUUCGAGUUUGAGCUGAAUCCCGAAGACGAGCAGGACGAUGAGGUUGAGCUAAAGGAUAUCUACGUCAUUGGGGAGAAGGCUAGUGUGGCCGAUCUGAUGAUGGGAGAAGAGGAGGAGCUGGACGUGGACGACGCCGACGGCGAGUCUGGACUGUCUUUGACGGUCAUCUGUCUCCUCUCCACCAGCGGACAGGUCAAAAUCUGCCUCGACACCGAAGGCGUCGAGGCCCAAUGGCUGCCCCCGCGGUCCAAGCAUAAGUCAAGGCUAUUGGCAUCUCCCCAGUCGCCUUCACUACUGACCUUCCAGACCUUCGACACCCUUAAACCAGUAGAGGUCAUGCCUGAAAGCUGGCCCAUGUUCAGUCAGGACGUUACAUCUCGCUACGCGUUCUAUAUUACGCACCCGGCCGGCAUCACUCAUGUUUCUCUGGCGCCGUGGAUCUUCCGACUAGAGAGCGAGCUUCAAGGAGAUUCCGAGGCGGGUGCGGAGUUCCGCAUUGAUCUGCUCGCCAAAGGGCAAGGGUCAGAGCGGGAGCGCAUCUACACCCAGGCUCGCAGUCAGAGUUCUCUGGCGGCAGCCACAGUCAUCAGCGAUGCGGAGCUCGGCCACUUUCUCUUGUCGGCCACCCAUCACAAUCCCGUUGUCGUUUUCUUCGACACACCAGUCCGAGAAAUGGCACCUAGGGAAUCUCCGGCAGCCAUCUCUGAGCACUCUGAGAUGCCGCAGCCUGAAGUCGGCUGGGAACCACGCCCUCUUUUCCGCGCUUCGGAAGCGCUGGAUCGCAGGAGCGAGCUACCGCCAUGGAUUGACCAUCUGAAAACAGGAAAGAGGCGCCCUCUGUUUCAGCAGGAGUUGCGUCUGUCAAUGGCGACUCUUGAGGUCUUCACCGACGGACACAAGGUGGUUUCCAACGAGGUCGAGCACAUCAAUAAUGCGGUCGCGGAGCUUUUCAGAAAAUGCCAAUCGCUCCAGAACGAGCUUAAGCAGCAGUUAGGGAAGGCGAACGAGGUCAAGCACAAGAUUGACAGGAUUACAGGAGAGGAUUCGGCGGAUGACGACGGACCCGUCUCGCAGGAUGAGCUCGCUCGGGACAGGCUGCGCAUAGUCCGGGAGAGGCAAGAGGAGCUUGCAAGCAGAAUGGAGAAGUUGAAGCGGAAUCUGGGCAGGGCGACGAGCCGGGAGCUCAGCGACAAGGAGCGGGCGUGGGCAGAGGAAGUUCGGGCGCUGGGAGACAGCAUCCUGGGCUCCGAGGCGGAUCACCUGUCGAAGGCUGCCCCAAGGACUAAGCAUGCUUGGAAACGGUUCGACGAGAUCAAGGCCCUCCGAGACGCCUUGUUUGCUCAAGCCGAGCAGCUGCAGCGGAUCCGAGAGGCCACCGAAGACGACAGUCCCGCCUCACCGGUGCCUAGUCUGAAGAUCCCGGCCGAAGUGCGAAGGCAAAAGAUGACACAGAUCAUUGGCCUGUUGGAUCGGGAGUCAGCGUUGGUGGAUGCUGUGAAAGCUCGUCUCGAGAGGCUCAGCGUUGGGUAG